UCCCGGGACAACCGUAUUAGCUGGCGGUAGUUUAACUAUGGACGAGUAUCAGGAGGAGGAGACUGCAUUCGCUGUUGAAGAAGUGAGCAAAAUUAUAAAAGAGUCGGUAGAAUCAGCCAUCGGAGGAAAUGCCUACCAGCACAGCAGAGUGCAUCAAUGGACUACCACUGUAGUCGAGCAGUGCCUCAGUCAGCUCAGCAAACUGGGGAAGCCGUUCAAAUACAUUGUGACCUGUGUCAUCAUGCAGAAGAAUGGAGCUGGUCUACAAACAUCUAGCGCGUGCUUUUGGGAUAACACUACUGAUGGAAGCUGUGCUGUAAGAUGGGAGAACAAGUCCAUGUACUGUAUCGUCAGUGUUUAUGGGUUGGCCAUCUGAUUAGUUACUGUGUACCUUAAGUGUUCUGCAUGUAAACAUUUUUCUGUAUCUUUCACUAACAACUAAUUUUUUUCCAACCUAUUUUGAUCUUAAGCUGUACAUGUUUAAUCAAUUAAAACAAUACAAUACAGUAUAUAUUUGCUUUAUUUACACUUGACAGGACAGAGUGCUACGUGGUCACAUUUGUUUCUGAUAAAGCAACAAAAAUGCAACUACUUAAAAUAUAUAAGAACCCAAAAAAACCCUCAUUUAACCAUCUUAAACCCACAAAAGCUACAUUCACACUGAAAGUAUCAAACAUAUACAUUUAUGUCAAAGCUUUACAAUUCUGAGACUAGCCCAUUCAGAAGAUAAACAGUGAUGUAAGGACAAGGCACCAUCUUGAUUAGAAUACAGUUAUUUGUAAGAAUUUAAACAGCUGUUCUUCUCCAUUAGCUCUAACUUGAAAAAGCACAUUUCUAAAACUUUAGGCAAAACAAUGUCAUGAAAAAAAUUAUUUAAAAUAAUAUGUUAGACAUAAGGCAAAAGAUAUUUGGCCAAUGGAAUAACUAAAGUGGUGAGAUACGAAAUGCUGAUAUAAUACAUCAGUAGUCCAUUAACAUAAAGCUAUGUAAAAAUCCAUACAGUUCACCCACAUCAAAUAAUACAUGUGUUGUCAAUUUCUGUAAA